CGCGGGCGUGCGCCACUUCUCUUCCUCACUCUCCCCCCCUCCACCGCUUCCGCUCUGCUUCCGGCUGUCGCCGUCGCCGCCGCCGGUGAGCGCCGGGAACCGCACUGGAGCGAUGUCGUCCGCGAAGGUCGUGUCCUUCGUCGGCGCCGACGAGCUGGGCGUCUCCCUCGCCGGGUCCUUCAUCCGGUCCGGGGCCGUCGUCCGCUGCUUCGUCGCUCCCGAGGAUGAUGGAUCGGCGACGACGGCGAGGGCGCUCGCGGAGCUGGGUGGCGUCCCGUGCGCGAGCCCCGCGGAAGCCGCGCGAGAUGCUGAGCUAGUUAUUGUGCUGAGUGACACGGAUGGGGUUGAUGAGCUGUUCUUCGGACCUGAGGGGAUAGUGAAAGGAUUGUGCUCGGGUUCUGUCAUAUUGAUACGAUCAACGCUGUUACCUAGUCAUCUGGAUAAGUUGAAACAGAAGCUUGCAGAUGAGAAGAAGAAUGCCCCCCUUGAUGGAUACAUUUUUCCUGGUUUAUCUGAUGAAUUGAAGCAAAAGAUUGUUGUUGUUGCAUCUGGGAGACAUGAUGUAACAGAAAGAACCAGGCAAUUCUUCUCUGGUCUUGAUACAGCAGUUUAUUUUGUCGAAGGUGAAUUUGGCAGUAGCAGCAAAAUUAAACUGGUUAAUGAUUUGCUGGAGAGCAUUCAUUUUAUAGCAUCUAUUGAAGCAAUGUUUCUUGGUGUUCGAGCUGGGAUUCAUCCAUCAAUUAUCUAUGACAUAAUAUCAAAUGCUGCUGGAAGCUCAAGAAUAUUCGUGGAGAUUGUACCGAAACUUUUGAGAGGGGAUUAUUUGCUUAUUGAUCCUCUAAAGUCAUCCAAGACAAAUGCAGGCUAUGUGAUGGAUAUGGCUAAAGCAGUAACAUUCCCUUUGCCACUUCUAGCUGUUGCUUACCAACAAUUAAUACAUGGUUGUUCAUCAGCAAACGGAGAUGCAUUAGUCUCACCAUUGAAGGUUUGGGAACAGUCAUUUGGAGUAAACAUCAUAGAUGCAGCCAGUCAACAAAUCUAUGAUGCAAGCAAAUUGGCUGACCAGCUUGUUAUGGCAUGUAAAACAGCAAAAACUAUCGGCUUUAUUGGUCUGGGGGCUAUGGGCUUUGGAAUGGCAUCUCAUUUGCUAAAAUCAGGUUUCUCUGUUAUUGCUUAUGAUGUCUACAAGCCAACACUGGCCAGGUUUACUGAUUUAGGUGGAUUGACUAAACAUUCCCCCGAGGAAGUAUCAAAAGAUGUGGAAAUACUUGUCAUCAUGGUCGCAAAUGAAAUUCAAGCUGAAAGUGUUCUAUAUGGAAAUGCUGGUGCUGUAUCAGUAAUGGCAGCUGGAGCAUCCAUCAUUCUAUCUUCAACAGUUUCUCCUGGAUUUGUGAUUAAACUCAAGGAAAGAUUAGAAGCUGAAUGCCGAGACAUAAAGUUAGUUGAUGCUCCAGUGUCUGGUGGUGUCAAAAGGGCAGCAGAGGGGACAUUAACAAUAAUUGCUUCAGGAACAGAUGAAGCUCUGCAUUGUACUGGUAGCGUUCUCUCAGCACUAAGUGAGAAGCUUUAUAUCAUCAAAGGAGGAUGUGGAGCAGCAAGUUCUGUUAAGAUGGUAAACCAACUACUUGCUGGGGUUCAUAUAGCCUCAGCAGCUGAAGCAAUGGCAUUUGGUGCUCGAUUAAAUUUGAGGACAAGAAGACUUUUUGAAAUUAUUCAACAUGCAAGAGGUUAUUCAUGGAUGUUUGGAAAUCGUGUGCCACACAUGCUCGAUAAUGAUUAUACACCUUAUUCUGCAGUGGACAUAUUUGUCAAGGAUCUUGGUAUAGUAUCUCAUGAAAGCUCCAACGCAAGGAUCCCACUGCAUGUGUCUAGUAUUGCUCAUCAACUGUUUCUUUCAGGUUCUGCUUCUGGAUGGGGUCGACUUGAUGAUGCUGCUGUUGUGAAGGUUUAUGAGACAUUAACUGGAGUAGAAGUAGAAGGGAGGCCUCCCAUGCUUAACAAAGAAGAUCUCCUGAGCUCUCUUCCUGCUGAAUGGCCAGAAGAUCCUAUAGAUGAUCUUGUUUCAUCUUCAUCUCAUAAUAGCAAAAAAGUUCUUGUAGUUUUGGAUGAUGAUCCAACUGGAACUCAGACAGUUCAUGAUAUAGAAGUUUUAACUGAAUGGCCUAUUGAAGCCCUCGCAGAACAGUUUCAAAAGCUACCAGCUUGCUUUUUUAUUUUGACAAACUCCCGUUCAAUGACUGCUGAUAAGGCUACACUGUUAGUAAAAGAGAUCUGCAGGAAUCUUGAAGCUGCAGCUAAGUCUGUCCCUGGUGUUAGUUUUACAGUGGUGUUGAGAGGGGAUUCCACUUUACGUGGCCACUUCCCAGAGGAAGCUGAUGCAGUGGUUUCAGUGUUAGGUGAGAUGGAUGCUUGGAUAAUAUGCCCAUUUUUCCUUCAAGGUGGCCGCUACACUAUUGAUGACAUUCACUAUGUUGCAGAUUCUAACAGACUAAUUCCUGCUGGUGAGACUGAGUUUGCAAAGGAUGCAGUUUUUGGCUAUAAAUCUUCCAAUCUCAGACAGUGGGUUGAAGAGAAGACUAAAGGACGGAUUUCCGAGAAUCAAGUUUCAACAAUUUCCAUUAAUCUCCUCCGUAAAGAGGGACCAAAUGCAGUCUUCCAGCAUCUCUGCAGCCUGGAGAAGGGUUCUGUAUGUAUUGUCAAUGCUGCUAGUGAGAGGGACAUGGCUGUGUUUUCUGCUGGAAUGAUCCAGGCUGAAUUGAAAGGAAAGAGAUUUUUGUGCCGGACAGCUGCAAGUUUUGUGAGUGCUAGAAUUGGAAUAAAGCCAAAGCCACCUAUUUGUCCAGCUGACCUUGGUGUAAAAAGAGCUUUAACUGGAGGCCUCAUUGUUGUUGGCUCUUAUGUGCCAAAAACGACAAAGCAGGUUGAUGAGCUUAGGUCACAGUGUGAGGAAUCUCUCCGAAUAAUAGAGGUAUCUGUUGAGAUGAUUUCAAUGAAAUCAGCUGAGGAUAGAGACCAUGAAAUUACUCGAGUUAUUGAAUUGGGAAAUGCUUAUAUACAAUCCAGGAAAGACACUCUAGUUGUCACCAGCCGCCAACUCAUCACAGGAAAAACUCCUGAAGAAAGCUUGGAAAUUAAUUACAAAGUGAGCUCAGCACUAGUGGAGAUUAUGAGAGGGAUUGAUAGUCGACCCCGCUAUAUUCUUGCAAAGGGAGGAAUCACUUCAUCUGAUCUUGCUACAAAGGCUUUGGAAGCUCAGCGUGCCAAAGUAAUUGGACAAGCUUUAGCUGGUGUCCCUUUGUGGCAGCUUGGUCCUGAGAGUAGACAUCCUGGUGUCCCAUACAUUGUUUUUCCUGGUAACGUUGGUGAUAACAGUGCUCUUGCAAAAGUGGUCCAGAAUUGGGUUUGCCCUUCUAGAAGUUCUGCAAAAGAACUUCUCAUUAAUGCGGAAAAUGGUGGUUAUGCCAUAGGUGCUUUCAAUGUAUAUAACCUUGAGGGAAUUGAUGCUGUUGUUUCAGCUGCCGAAGCUGAAAAAAGUCCUGCUAUUCUGCAGGUCCAUCCCAGUGCCCUGAAGCAAGGUGGAGUUCCACUGGUCUCAUGUUGCAUUGCUGCUGCAGAACAUGCUAGCGUACCUAUCACCGUUCAUUAUGACCAUGGAACUUCCAAGUCUGAUUUACUUCAAGCUCUUGAGAUGGGUUUUGAUUCAGUCAUGGUGGAUGGAUCCCAUCUACCUUUAGGAAAGAACAUUUUAUACACAAGGAGCAUAUCUUCCUUGGCUCACUCAAAAGGCAUGCUUGUAGAAGCUGAACUGGGGAGACUCUCCGGCACUGAAGAUGGUUUGACAGUCGAAGAAUACAAAGCAAGAUUUACUGAUGUUGCUCAGGCUGGGGAAUUCAUUGAUGAAACUGGUAUUGAUUCUCUAGCUGUAUGCAUUGGAAAUGUUCAUGGAAAGUAUCCCCCCAGCGGACCAAACCUCAGAUUUGACUUGCUAGAGGACCUUCGUGCAUUGACAAAGAAGAAAGGUGUUAGCUUGGUUCUCCAUGGAGCAUCCGGACUACCUCAUGAACUUGUAAAGGAAUGCAUAGCUUUGGGGGUGAGGAAAUUCAACGUGAACACGGAGGUCCGAAACAGCUAUCUUGAAUCCCUUAAAAAACCAGAAAAAGACCUGAUUCAUGUCAUGGCAUCUGCUAAGGAAGCAAUGAAAGCUGUUGUGGCUGAGAAAAUGCGCCUCUUCGGAUCUUCUGGCAAAGCUUGAUUGCAGCUUGCAUCUCCACUUAUGAACUCGCAGUAAACACUCGAUUCUUGAGGCAUGAUUGUUCCGUGGGAUUAAGACAUCUUGAUAUAUUCCCGUGGAGCCUAGCUCAUAAUCUGAAGAAUUUAUCGCGGUUAUUGGCUUAAGUGCUUCAGAAUGAAUGCCAUUCUGUCA